AUGCUGACUUGGCACAGUGCUGGACUCUUACCAUCUCUUACCCGGAAUGCAAAGCUUUUGCGCUUGCCUUCUGAGCAGGAGGGCCUUAUCCGUGGCUACACCGUGGAGGGCAACAGGAUAACGAUCUUGCUGAAACAUUACCAGGGGGCGCCCGUGAUACGGAACAUCCGUGUCGUGUCCAAGCCAAGCCGUGACAUCUGGUUGCUUCCGCACGAGCUAAAGUUCCGCACGCGGUACAACACUGGUCUUUGGAUUAUGCAGACUCCAGUGGGAGUCGUUUCACAUCGGGACUGCAUCGAGAUGGGUAUUGGCGGAAAGGUCAUAUUCGCAGUGAACAAUGGCUAUCAGCAGUGGUGCUGA